AUGUCAUUGGAGUCAGCAAGAUACACACCAGAGGUGGACAGGUUAAUCUCAGAAGGCUCGAAAGCCUACGCUUUAAAGGAUUAUGAUUUAGCCUCCGAGAAAUAUGGAGAAGCUUGUGAACUGUAUUCAGAGCAUCAUGACGGAAAAGAAGAUGGCGACUUAUUGUUGUUGUAUGGAAAAGCAUUAUUCCAGAGCGGAGUUAGCAAAUCGGGUAUUUUGGGUGGCAUUGGUGCUAAUGGUGUUGAUACAAAAGCUGAAGAUGGAGAAGAACAAAAUGGGGAGGAGCAAAACAAGGAUGAUGAUGACAAAUUUCAAUUUUACGAUGCUGAACCUGUUGAAGAUGUACAGAAAGAAGGGGGGGACAACGGCGAAGAGGUGAAGGAGCUGGGACUGGGGCCGGGACUGGAGCCGGGGCUGGAGCACGAUUGGGAGGACGUAAAAGACUCAGAAAACGACCAGGAAGGAAAUCAAGAAGAGGAGCAAGAAGAAUCCAGUUUUGAAAUUGCAUGGAUGACUUUGGACGUUGCAAGAGCAUUAUUCGAAGACAAGUUAGACAAAUUAAAGAAACCAAAUUUUGAGUCUCCAUAUAUACCAAAUGAGUCAAGUCCCACGACAGAGGAUGAGUAUAUUAUCACAUUGAAAAAAUUAUCAGAAACAUAUGAUAUACUAGGUGAAGUCUCAUUGGAAGCAGAGAAUUUUCCCCAGUCGGCUCAGGAUUUAUCAAAAGCGCUAAAAUUGAGACUUGAACUAUACCCCAAAUCGUCAUCCUUGGUUUCUGAAUCACAUUAUAAACUAGCGUUAGCUUUGGAAUUUUGCCUUGACGAUCCUGAACUGCGUACGAAAGCUGCAGAACAAAUUAAACUAGCUAUAGAAUCGACUACAGAAAGAAACUCUAAAGAGCAAGAUGCUUCUAAACGUAAAGAGAAUGAUGAGAUGGUUCUAGAGCUACAAGAAAAGUAUGAUGAGUUGAAGAAAGACCCCCAAGAAGAUAUCAGUCAACAACAAGUUGAUAUGAUCAAGGGACUUCUAGGAGUUGGUGGAGCUGAUGCCGGUACCAGUGUCUCUGCAUCUGCGACGCUUGGAGCAUUGGGAGCCAGUGCAAGCGGAAAAAGUAAUUCCGAUCAAAAUCCAAAGCCAGUUAAUGAUUUGUCUAAUUUAGUUAAAAAGAGAAAAACAACAAAAGGAAAAGAAAAGGACGAAAAAAGGGCGAAAAAGUAG